AUGACGCUACUGCUCGUUUCGUCGUUCGAAACCUCCUGCCUUGUUGUAGGUGCUUCUCGUGGCACUCCUCGCACUCCCUUCUUUGAGGGGUGUUCCCCCUCCCCCCUUGCUCGCUCUAUCGCUUCUGCUGCUGCUGUUGACUUCCUUGGUGCUGAGGAGGUCGGGGCUGCGUCUGCUCCUAGUGGGAGGCGCCGCAGCGGCAAGGGCAAGGGAGGCAAGGGUGGUGGGGGUAGCGGCGGUGGAGGCGGUGGUGGAGGCAGUGGAGGUGGUGGAGGUAGUGGUAGUGGUGGUGAUGGGAGUGGCAGUGGGGGUGGCGUCGUCGGUGGCGGCGGUGGUGGUGGCGGUGGGAGUGCUGGCGGCGGUCAUCACAAAAACCCUAUGCCAAUGUUUGACGAAUUUUGA